GAGCGUGUUGUAGAUCCGUGUGCCCACAGUAGCGAUGGUGGGAAUGAGCCUUCUCAGGUCUGCUGCUGCUUUUGCAGCCAGACUGAGCCCCCUGAAAUCUGGAAAUAAUGCGGCGAAUUUACUCAGCCGAACAAUCACACGAACUGAUCAAGUGGCUGUUCGCUGGGGUCACGGAAAGAAAAUGUUUGUCAUCAAACCCUCUGAGUUCUAUGACACGAGAUUUCUACACUUAUUGAAAUUUUACAUCCUGCUGACAGGAAUUCCAGUGGCAGUCACCAUCACAGCUGUGAAUGUCUUCGUAGGUGAGGCAGAGCUGGUUGAAACUCCAGAGGACUACAUACCUGAGCACUGGGAGUACCAGAAGCAUCCCAUCACUAGGUGGAUUGCACGGACCUUCUAUGAUUCACCCGUGAAGGACUAUGAAAAGAUGCUGGCUGCAAUCCAAAUAGAGAAAGAAAAGGCAGACAUGAGACUGGCUCAGCUGGAGGUGCGUAGACAGAUGAGGCAGAAGGGAGACGGCCCCUGGUUCCAUGUGGACACCCUCGACAAGGAGCUCAUCGACCACAGCCCCAAGUCGUCACCUGACCAUUAAUCUGGAGGUGUCUGCCAUCAGUACAUCAAGCCGAUCAAUCUCUCUUUGUACAUUUUUUCUCCUUAUUGCGUAAAUAAAGUAUCUAUAUGUACUGUGA